AAGACAUGAUGAUGAAAGCAAAAUUUACAUGUCGGAUAGGAUCACUCUUAUGCCCAGGAAGAUGAGCUCACUUAUUACUUCACAAACGGAACCCAGAUCACUGAAUUUUGUAAAUACAAUAAACAUCAUCAUGAAGGUUUUAGAUCAGACAAUAUUUUCAGUCCAGGCAAGGAAUAUUAUCAUUAGAGAAUUUAAUGGUCAGGAAUUGCGUUUGGAUCCUUCACCUAAUGUUAGAGAUUUAGUUCAUAAGGAGGAAUAUUUGUAUUCU